AUGCCCAAAAAACGAGUCAAGUUUUCUCAGCAGUUGUUGGACAACAACAACCACCACUCUCAAAAUGAACAUCAUCAGGAAGAACCUGAGGAGGAGGCUUACGAUCAAGAGGAAAGUAUUGAGGUUUCUGAAUAUGAACAACAAGCCAAUGAUCAAGAGGAGGACUUAGAAGCAGUCAUUCCCGAUGAGAGUGAGGAUGGCAAUGGAGGCUCAUUUGUUCCUAUGCAAUUAAAUCCGAUGGAAUUAUUACAAGAAAUGAACGAUAAUAAUGAAGAGAAUGCGGAACAGAGUGAAAAUUCAAAAAAGAGAAAACGAAAGAAAAAGAAGCCAUCACAGAAAAACAAUUCUUUGAAUCGACAACAACCAUCAAUGGUCAAUGAGGAGCAGGAUGAUCAACAUUUCCAAAAAGCAUUUUAUAUUGUUGAUGAACAAACAGUUAAGAAAAUUAAUUGGCAACCACCUGAAAAGGAAUGGCUUAAAUCUUUUUUCAGCCCUCAUGAUCAUCAAAAGAAGACGCCUUUUACUUCUGAACAACAUGACAAUAACGAGAUUGCUCAAAAUUCGUCAGAUCUAAUGCAACAAGAUCUCAAUGAAGAAGACUUUUUUGAACACGAUGAGUUAGACAAUGAAGCACAACGAUAUUUAUUGAACGUUCGAUAUGAAGCACAAAAUUAUUGUGCCAAGACUGUCGUAGCAACCAAUAUUGAUACCAAACAAUUUGAGAAAAAUAGGACAAGUAUUAGGGAUUUGGAUUCUUCACUGUAUGGAGCGCUGCAUUUAUUUGAUGCAUACCUGGGAACCAGUGACACCAACCAGUCUCCAAUUUUGAUCACAAAACAAUGGGAAAAUCAAUUCUUGACAAAUUUCAGAAAGGCCAGAGACUUUGUACAGCUUGAACUUGACAAGAAACUACGCUCAAAGGCAUCACCAUCCUCUCAAAAGUCAAACGAAUUCUCAGCUUGUCCUCGCCUUAAUGGUAACUACGACGAAUGGAAAUUGUAUUGCCUCGGAGAGGAGAAUGUUUAUGCCUUGUGGGAACGAAUGGCCAAAAAACAGGCACAACAUGGAAACAAGGAGGAAGUACCAAAAAAGAAAAAGAAAAAUCGACGAGGACGAAAGAGAGGCGGCUCUCAUUCGCUUAACAAUGAAACAACAACUACAACCACAUCAUCCACAACAACUACGACGACAAGUGAUGCCAUGUCUGAUUCAGGUGACGAGGAAAAUCAUGACGAACAGUUGUUGGAAAAUAUCGAUCGAGAAAUGGCAACCAACGAAACCAUUCGAGAGAGUUCAACUAUGAUAACCCCUCAAGAGGCAUCCUUGUCAGAAGCAACCGAGACACUUCCACAACAAACCAUAUCACAUCAGAAAGAGGGACACAAGCCCACUCAAAAUUUGCUUCUUCGAUAUUUAGACUAUGUCACUACACAUGCCCUUUUCAACAAGAUGAUCCAUUGGACUGUGAGUAACUUCCAUAAUAAUUCCUUAUUGAGAAGAAUGCCAAGUAAAGCGAACACUCUGUUUGCACCAACAGAUGAAAGUGACGAUCAUGACGACACUGAACUGGUUCACGAAAUUUCAACACAGGAUACCGAGCAACAAAAGCAACAGUGGAUCACAAAUUAUUUACUUGUCCAAAGUAAGGAAUCGAAUAAUGUAUUACGAUGUGACUGGUUAUAUCACUUGCUUCUUGCCAUCGACAAACCUCCCAACGACACGAUUGGAGCAAACAUGAAUCAAUUACUCGUUUGGAUACUCGAUAAUUUUUCACAAUUCACAGCACAAGAAAAUGAAGAAUUUACAAAAAUUGUGCUUAUUGUGAUCAAAUAUUUCGGACAAGGAAAUGCCAACAUUAUCACAUAUAAGAACAGUGAUGAUGAACAUGUCAAUACUCCACAACAGAAAUCUCUCAUUGUCUAG